CACAUGUUACGUUCAACGCGCGCACGUUUGAAAGUGUCAUGGCGGAGUCCACAGGCGCGCUGUGAAAAUAUUAUAAACGGAUCGAUUCUGUUGUAAUAGUUGAUUCUAAUUGACUCUACCAUACAAUCCAGUAAAAUGGCAUCUACUGCGGCAGGGAAACAGAGGAUACCGAAAGUAGCGAAGGUGAAAAACAAAGCUCCUGCAGAGGUACAAAUCACAGCUGAGCAGUUGCUCAGGGAGGCAAAGGAGAGGGAGCUCGAGCUUCUGCCACCGCCACCCAAGCAAAAGAUCACUGAUGAAGAGGAGUUGAACGAUUACAAGUUGAAGAAGAGGAAGGGAUUUGAAGACAACAUCAGAAAGAACCGUACUGUUAUCAGCAACUGGAUAAAAUACGCUCAAUGGGAGGAGAGUCUGAAAGAAGUCCAGAGGGCUCGCUCUAUUUACGAGCGUGCUCUGGAUGUAGACCACCGAAAUAUAGCUCUGUGGCUGAAGUAUGCCGAGAUGGAGAUGAAGAACCGGCAGGUGAACCACGCCCGCAACAUCUGGGACAGAGCCAUCACCAUCUUGCCCCGUGUCAACCAGUUCUGGUACAAGUACAGUUACAUGGAAGAGAUGCUGGGCAACAUCGCUGGCUGCAGACAGGUGUUUGAGCGCUGGACAGAGUGGGAACCAGAGGAACAAGCCUGGCACUCCUACAUCAACUUUGAGCUGCGCUACAAGGAAGUCGACAAGGCCCGCUCCAUCUAUGAGAGAUUUGUGAUUGUCCACCCUGAUGUGAAGAAUUGGAUUAAGUACGCCCGUUUUGAAGAGAAGCAUGGCUACAUCGCCCAUGGAAGGAAGGUGUUUGAAAGAUCAGUGGAGUUCUUUGGCGAGGAGCAUGUUGAUGAGAACCUCUUUGUGGCCUUCGCCAGAUUUGAAGAGAAACAGAAAGAGUUUGAGAGAGUUCGAGUCAUCUACAAAUACGCCUUGGACAGAAUUCCCAAGCAGCAGGCUCAGGAGCUUUUCAAGUUCUACACCGUGUUUGAGAAGAAGUUUGGAGACCGGAGGGGAAUCGAGGACGUCAUCGUCAGCAAGAGGAGAUUUCAGUAUGAAGAGGAAGUCAAGGCAAGCCCACACAAUUAUGACGCAUGGUUUGAUUACCUACGCCUGGUGGAGAGUGACGCAGAUCCUGACACUGCCAGGGAGGUCUAUGAGAGGGCCAUCGCCAAUAUCCCUCCUAUACAGGAGAAGAGGCACUGGAGAAGAUACAUUUACCUGUGGAUAAACUACGCUCUAUAUGAAGAACUGGAGGUCAAGGACCCAGAGAGAACAAGGCAGGUGUACCUGGCAUGUCUUGAUCUCAUCCCUCACAAAAAGUUCACGUUUGCCAAGAUGUGGCUACUCUACGGACAGUUUGAAAUCCGCCAGAAGAACCUCCAAGCUGCUAGACAAGGCUUGGUAAGGUUCCUACUGUUGAUGAUUUAUGUUUUUCAUUGUGAUACUUCAAACUUGAAAUGUUCUGUCAUUUGGCCUUCUCCCUCUCCCCAGGGCACAGCCAUUGGUAAAUGUCCAAAGAACAAGCUGUUUAAGGGCUACAUUGAACUGGAGCUGCAGCUCAGAGAGUUUGACCGAUGUAGGAAGCUUUAUGAGAAGUACCUGGAGUUUGCCUCCGAGAACUGCACCACCUGGAUCAAGUUCUCUGAGCUGGAGACCAUCCUGGGAGACACAGAGAGAGCCCGGGCCAUCUUCGAGUUGGCCAUCGGACAGCCACGACUGGACAUGCCAGAGGUGUUGUGGAAGUCCUACAUCGACUUUGAAAUUGAGCAGGAAGAGUAUGACAACACCAGAGGUCUCUACAAGAGACUGUUGCAGCGCACACAGCACGUAAAGGUCUGGAUCAGCUAUGCCCAGUAUGAGCUGUCCAUAGAUACCUCUGACCGGCUGCAGAGGUGUAGGGGGAUCUUUGAGGAGGCCAACAAGGGCCUGAGGAGCUGUGAGGAGAAGGAGGAGCGCCUGAUGCUGCUGGAGUCUUGGAAGGAGUUUGAGCAGGAGUUUGGCUCAGACACAACCAGGGAAAGGGUGAAGAAACUGCUGCCGGAGAAGGUGAAGAAGAGGAGAAAGCUCACGGCAGAGGACGGGUCAGAUGCAGGGUGGGAGGAGUACUACGACUACAUCUUCCCUGAGGAUGCAGCGAACCAGCCCAACCUCAAGCUGCUCGCCAUGGCCAAGAUGUGGAAGAGGCAGCAACAAGAAGAAGACGAUGAAGAAGACGAUGAAGAGGAUGAGGAAGAAAACAAUGGAGAAGUGGAUAGGGGUAAAGUGGAGGAAGUUAGGGGCAAAGAAAUGGAGGGAGAAGAAAACGGAAGAGCGGAGAGAGGAAUAGACAAAGAAAUGACAGAAGAUUUAGCAUCACCAUCAUCAGAAAAGCCUAUAGUCAGUGAGCCUGUGCCUGAAAAAGUCCCCAAGGAGAGCACAUAUGAUGACCGAGAUGAUUCUGAUGAAAGCAGUAGUGGAAGCAGCAGCAGCAGCAGUAGUAGUGACAAUGAUGGUGGUGAGAAACAGCCAAGGAAGAGCAAUAAGGACUCAGUGAAAGAUUAGCUUGUCUGGAGAGAAAAAAUGUUUUACUCAUUACAGAUAGGGACAAGUUGGGGACCUCAUCGGGUAAUUUCUAUUGCUUAAAAAAAGUGAUUAUUUUUCCAUGUCUUUGUUUUAUUCAUUUACUGUGGUGCAAUGACAGUGUAAAUAAAAAAAACACUGAUCCAACUUUUAA